CCUGUCGCUAUUACCUACCUUGGUCUAGUUCACGUCCGUUGCCAUGUAGUUUCCAAACGGUGGAGGCAGGCUCUGUUCCAUGCUAGCUUUGUGACCACAGUCGGUGGACUUUGGGCCGCCGGUGUGGACGUUGAAGCUACAAUGAGCUCGGAGCACCAGAGCGACAGCGAGGACGCGGACGAGGCGCAGGACAGCAGGCCCGACGGCGGCAGCAGCCUUUCCGACAAAGAGGAAGAAGACCCCGACGUCAACGACUCCGCCGACGAAGAGCGGAGCGUUUCUCGUUCUCCGCCGGCGAGCAGCGGGGAGGAACCCGAGCGGAAUGCGAGGUCUCCGGCGCCCGAGGAGUCGGAGGUCCGGCGCGAGCCGACCCCCACGCAGGCUGCAGGAAGCGGCGGGAGCUCCGGAGGAGACGGCGGUAGGAAGAACAGCCUGUUUUCCUGGCUGCAGAGCAGGUCUGUGAGACGCGGCGUGUUCGUGGACCCCGCUAGGGAUAAUUUCAAGACAAUGACCAGUUUGUACCGUUCAAUGAACCCGGCUGUGGACUCUGUUAACCUGAGCACUCAAACCCACGGAGCCGUCUUCAACCUGGAGUACUCCCCGGACGGGUCUGUGCUGACUGUGGCAUGUGAACAAACUGAGGUGUUGCUGUUUGAUCCAGUCUCAUCCAAGCAUAUAAAGACGCUGACGGAAGCCCAUGAGGACUGUGUCAACAACAUAAGGUUUUUGGACAAUCGAUUGUUCGCCACCUGUUCAGACGACACCACAAUUGCAUUAUGGGAUCUCCGAAAGCUGAAUUCAAAGGUUUGCUCUUUGCACGGUCAUGCCAGCUGGGUGAAGAACAUUGAGUAUGACACCAACACUCGUCUCCUUGUGACAUCUGGCUUUGAUGGCAAUGUUAUCACAUGGGACACCAACAGAUUUACAGAAGAUGGCUGCCCACAUAAAAAGUUCUUCCACACCCGCUAUCUCAUGAGAAUGCGUCUGACACCGGACUGUUCCAAGAUGCUCAUCUCCACCUCCUCAGGGUACCUGCUCAUCCUUCAUGACCUGGACCUCACCCAGUCCCUGGAGGUGGGCAGCUACCGCAUGCUGCGAGCACGGCGGACUCCCCUGAGCUCAGAUGGAGGCACGUCAGCGUCCAGAUCGGCUGGAACGCUUCGACAGGGAAAUGACUCCAGCAAGAUCCACCCACACAGGGAAGGUCUUUCUCCCAGGAACAGCCUUGAAGUGCUGACUCCAGAAAUCCCUGGAGAGAGGGACAGAGGGAACUGUAUCACCUCACUGCAGCUUCACCCUAAAGGCUGGGCGACACUCAUCCGCUGCUCCAGCAACAUGGACGACCAGGAGUGGACUUGCGUGUAUGAGUUCCAGGAAGGAGCCCCCACUCGCCCACUAGUCUCUCCUCGUUGCUCCCUACGCCUCACCCACUACAUCGAAGAAGCCAAUGUUGGAAGGGGCUACAUCAAGGAGCUGUGUUUCAGCCCAGAUGGACGGCUCAUCUGUUCCCCGUAUGGCUACGGCGUGCGUUUGCUGGCCUUUGAUGAACGCUGCGGUGAGCUGGCCGACUGCCUGCCUGUACAGACAAGCUGCCUGAGGGAGAUUCGCUCCAUCUACUCGCACAGCGACGUAGUGCUCACCACCAAGUUCUCCCCGACACACUGCCAGCUGGCCUCGGGCUGCCUCAGCGGCCGGGUGUCUCUGUACCAGCCCCAGUUUUAGUGUCCAGCAGAGUGACGCUCUGCAGCUCUGGGUAAAGAGUUCUACCAAUCACAGUUCCUUUACCAGAAUCAUUUUGUGUUUAAAAUUGGUAUUAUUAUUAUUAAUAAUAGUAGUAGUUAGACAAAAUAGUUAGACAAAAAUAUUUGGAAAAUUUAUAUGCAACUAAUGUCAUACAUUGAAAGUUUUGCUUAAAUUACCGUAUUUUUAUGCUAAAUGUUUUUAUGCGUACACUGCAUGUUUGACUGCUGAUGGAUCUUAUUAAAGAAAAUACUAACUACAGUUAGUUAGCUGGUGGUUGUAGUCAUACUAACGAUGGUUGGCAUUGAUAGCAUUGACCACAAGUAGCAUGACUAUAUUCUAAUACUAACCGCAGUUGGUGUUUUCUUUAAUACGACUUGUCGGUACUCAAACACAGCAUGUCAGUGUAACGGUGUCUGCUAUAAGUGGGUAUGUGUCACAUCUGGUAACUUUGAUCGCUGUGCAUAAGAAGAUAUUUUCCUAAUGGUUAACUAUUCGUAUUAAUCAAACCCCAUUCAUGAAUUGGGCCAAGAUGAAUGCUGAUGGGUAGAGUUGCCGGAAGCCAAAAAUUCUGUUGUUGUUAAGGUACUUUCUGCUCAGUGGGUUAAUUCCAAAAGUUGUUACAGCGCAGUGACAACAAAACAGUCGUAUUAUUACACAAUCCUUGGCCAUUAUUCGACAACUCCUCCGUAACGCUUGUUGAUGUUAUGGUGGACUCAUGGGCAACUAGCUACUCUUACUUUACCUACAACCAGUCAUGGUGCAUUGUGGGAAAUGUCUGGCAGUGGUGGAAUAUCUGUCUGCCAUGACUUGUAACGGCUGAGUUCAAGUUGCUACCCCUUGUUACAUUUGCCAUAGGAGUGUGAGAAAUGAUGAGAUAUACUUUAUUGAUGUCCCAGUGUUGAAAUUAUGUAUGAAAUCUUUUGAACACUUAAACAUUGCUCCAUUCACAACAUACUACGAGUGAUUAAAAACUUGGCAAAGAUGAUGCCGACCUCCCACACAAGUCACCUCAGGAUUAACCACAAACUAACCGGUGAUCCUGCUCUUGGCCCAGAUCGUAAAAUGGUGACGGUGUUUGUUUUUGCAUUUAGAGUCAAAUUAAUUUUAACGUGUAAAAAAUGAUAUAAACAGUUGUAACCCAAAUGAACACAUGCCAGUUUAAAGCCCAAAAUAUCCAAGAUGGGCAGGGCUAAUGCAGGAAUUGGUUUUAUUUUGAUGCAAAGUAUUAAGCGUAAAAUACCUAAAAUCAAACGCUUUUUGUUUGCCUGAUUAUGACCUGCAUGGAAGAGCCAUGUUUAUAUGGCACCUGAUAUAUGCAGGUUACAGGGACAGGAUGUGUUAAAACUGUUUAUUAGCUCUAGAUCCAGGUCUGCAGCUGUGGAUCAAACUGUUUGGGUGCCUUAGGGGGGAUGUUCAGUGAAAAACCUUCAGCUGACCAUAAAGAAUAAUGGGGAGAAAAGGGAAAAAAAUGCAGCUGAGCUUUGAAAAUGGAAAACUGCUCCUGUGCAGAGUGAGGAUUAUGAGGUCCAGACCUCAAAACUCAUCAUCACUGUCAGCUUGAAUCAAGACAUGAAAAGUGUCAUCGGUGGAAGUGAACAGGUGACUACCAGUACUUCUGUCUGCCUUUUUUUUUUUUUUUUUUAACCGCAGGUUUGAUCUGAACAACAGUCGACCACUUUGAGACUUGGCACAUCCAGAUAAAGCCAUCUGGAGAUAAAAAGAACAACACAAAAACAAAGGACAAAUGAAUUAAAUCAUUGUAACAAAGUGUGAAGUGGGAGUGGUUCUGUCUCUGUCGGCUUGCUGCUUCGCUCGACUCAUGCCUUUUCCACAGGUGCUGCUUCUCUGCUCAUACAAUCUGAACUUUAACCUUGAGAUAAAGGACCUCAUCUUCAACGUCUUUUUCCUUCUUUCAUAUACGCGAUUCCUCGUUACUUUCUUUUUCAUCACCACCUUGUUUUUUCGCUCAUGUUUUUUGAAAGGAUUUUACCGUUUUCUUUUUUUAUCAUUGUGCUGUUACGUCAGGACUACUCAUAGCACGUUGUGUUUGUUUGAUUCUGUAUUCACAGUUUGCCGUCUCUGAGGGAAAGAGGUUUACAGGCAGAUGUUUUUCGUUCUAAUCCUGUGAAGAGAAACUGAUGUUGGUCGGACUAAACAAAAAGUCUGACUGUCAUAAACUUAUCUUUAACGUUGAGAGUCAAAAUGCAGUAUCUCACUUGUUUUCCCAAAUCCUCUUUGCACAAAGCAGUACCACACAGUUUCACACUUCAGAAAAGAACCCUAAUAUGUAUAAUUCCUAAAAAGAAAAAUCAGCAGAUUACACUAAUUGCACAUCUGUUUGAGGCACAGAUGGACCCCGUAACAUUUUUGCCAAAAAGGCUGCCUCAGCAUUGUUAGUUUUACCUUCCGGGACAAAACUUUUGCCAAGAAAAACUGAACUCAUCAUUCUUGACUUUGUACCUCAGUUUAUUUUAUGUCGAGACUGUUGUGAUCUGCACCAAUGUUUGAAUGCUCUUUCUCACAUCAUAUCUAUUGUCAUUUUUUUGAAAGCUGUUUGCCACGAUCACCAAUCUCUAAGACUUCUCUUUUAUUCUGGAUAAAACACAGUUGUUUUGGCGCUGCUGAAGCUUUUGUGGUUGCAUCCCACGUAGCUUAGACACUCAGCAUAUUACACCAUAAUGUAUCCAAAUGACAGUAAAACCCGACUGAGGAGUAUUCACAUGCAUUUGUGUAAAGAAGUUUGUAACUACUAUGCAGCCAACAUUUCCUAAGUCGUUCUCUGUUAUUUGUUUGUGUAUAUAUGUGUGUGUGGGGGGGGGGGGGGGUCAGAUGCCAAAAUUAUUUUUGCUUUUGCCACCUUAUUAGUGCUGUGAGCUGAAAACUAACGAUGACCAUUUAAAAUCUUCUUUAUAUUCUUAAAAAGCAGCAGCAAUUAGUUGUGAGAUCCUGAGUUGAUCAGAAAUACCAGCACUGAUGCAUAUAUGGGCCUUUACUUAUUUAUUUUUAAAUGGCUUGUGGCAAUUAUAUAAAAUUAUACAUUUCUGAGCUUUGAAUAUAAACACCCAAACUAAAAUUGUAUAUGUUUAUAUGUCAUUUAAAAAGCUGUAUUGUCAUUUUAGUCAUUUUUCAGGACACAUUAUGUAUCGAUGUUCAACAUCAUGACAGGAAAUGGCCAAAAAAAAAAGUUUGGACUCAAAUACAGAUUUGUCUAAAAAUGUUUCUAUGGCUGACCAUCCAUCCAUUCUAAACCCACUUAUUUCAGUUAAGGGUCACAGGGGUCCUGGAGCCUAUCCCAGCAGUCAUUGGGGGAGAGCCAGAGUACACCCUGGACAGGCCGCUAGUCUGUCGCAGGGCCAUUCUGAGGACCAUCUUUCUUAAAAACCUAAGCAAUCUGCCCUCUGCUGUUGGAUUCAUUGUGAGACAGAUAGGAGUGAUAGGAUUAGCUCCACCCAUAUAGUGACGCUUCACUGAAAUCGCUUGCCAAUUAGCGUCGUUUUCAUGUGCUGUAAACAAAAUUUUCACCCAUGUUUCUUUAUUAGAAGAAAUUUCUGCAGGGCUUAAACCACUGGCUUGUGUGUCACAUCCUGUCCCCAAACCACCUGUUUGAAACUCCUGUUUUAAAGUGGCUUUUUCAUUAAUUGUCCCCUUAACAUUCUAUUGGACAAGUGGGUAAAGCAUGUUUUAAAGCGACUGAAUCGUUAAUAUAGAGGUGACGAGUAGACUAGUAUCUAAACACUUGCACAAGGAACAAGACUCACUGGUGCUUUUGGUUUACAAAAAUGUGAAGUUUCAUUUUUAAAAAGUUAAACUUUACUGUUUACUGCUUAAAAUGCGUGUUUGUUCAGUGUUCUGUCUGUCACAGACUGGGUCCAUUUAUUUUCAGGUCAGUUGGUUUGGGAAUGUUAAAAAAAAAACUGCUAAAUAAUAAAUUGUCUCAUCGCAUUUCUUUGGGAGAAAAAUUAGAUAAAUAGUCUUAAGUGAGCUGCAUAUUUUAUUUUGUAAACUGACUGACCUUAGGGUAAAUCAGGCCACAGUAAUAUAUAUAUAUAAUCACUGCUGCUUUUAUUUCACUUUUCCACAAGCUACGCAGGGAGAAGUGUCUUAUCUGUGCUAUUUGCUUCGGGUACACCAACUGGAAAAUUUCCAUUUUUAGGGUUUCUUGUUCUCACUCCUGUUCUGGCUUUUAACUUGUGUUGCAUUGUGGUGUACACAAAAUGAAAACAUUGUACUUCUGACAUGGCUAUUAUACACACUGAGCAUUUGCAACGAUGAAGCUAAAAUGGUACGUAACGUCACUGAAAUAAGAAGGGGAGCUUUGUGCAUUGCUGAAUUUUUUUGAGUCCAGUGUCACUCCACAUAUGCAUUGUUCAAAAGCAGCCACUAGAGGGCUGCCACUUUGUAGUAAUGUUGCAUUUGUCACUAAAACACUUUUCUCUCAGUACUGUUGCUUGGUUUUUCUUUGAAUUAAAAUCAUAUUUAUAUAGACUUCAGGUGAC